CGUAACCCUGGCUAUAAAUGCUAAGCCGAAGCGGUGGUAGCACGCAUCCGCCGAACGAAGCCUCCAGUGUUUCGUCAUCACAUCCUUUGAGUUGGUGGUGGAGGCUGUUCGUUGCAUCGAUUUGUAUUCGUUAUUUAGGGUUUCGCAAGUUUCAGAUUCGAGAAUCUGUGUCCGUGAGACGGCAUGGCGGACGAGAAUCCAUCAGAUGUGAAGGAGGAGGUUUCGGAGUUGGCCCCCUUUGAUCCGACCAAGAAAAAGAAAAAGAAGAAGGUUGUUCUUCAGGACUCUGCUGAGGUGGUGGAUAAAUUAGCCGAGAAAACGGAGAAUUUAACUGUUGCUGACUCGGGUGAGCCUAGUUUUGCUGGCAUGAAGAAAAAGAAGAAGAAACAGGUUGACACUAACUUUCUGAAUGAUGAAAAUGGUGAUGUGGUAGAUGAUCUAACUGGUGAUCAAGUUGGCGGGGAGGACGAAGGAGAAGGCAUCGUCCUUGGGGUUGGUCGAUACCCUUGGGAAGGAACUGAUCGUGAUUAUAAGUAUGAAGAGCUUCUGGGUAGGGUGUUUAAUAUUUUGCGUGAGCAUAACCCUGAUCUUGCUGGAGACAGGCGUAGAACUGUGAUGAGGCCUCCACAAGUUCUUAGAGAAGGAACAAAGAAGACAGUUUUUGUUAAUUUUAUGGAUCUAUGCAAAACGAUGCAUAGGCAACAUGAGCAUGUUAUGAAUUUCUUACUUGCUGAAAUGGGGACAAAUGGGUCUCUUGAUGGGCAGCAGAGAUUGGUUGUCAAGGGAAGAUUUGCACCAAAAAAUUUUGAGGGCAUCCUCAGAAGAUAUGUCAAUGAGUAUGUCAUAUGCAAUGGCUGCAAAAGUCCGGAUACGAUACUUUCAAAGGAAAAUCGUUUGUUCUUUCUUCGCUGUGAACAGGCGAGGAGGCUGCAGUCUGGUCUUCGGAUCCUGUGGGAACGUAUUCUUAUGUCAUCGAAACCGAGGGCAAUUUGUAGCAGGAACUCGAGUAAUAAACUGACUGUCGAAACUAGUUUUGUGCUGUGCCAAUUUGUGUUUGCUUUUUGCUCGAUCUCGUUUCGCUACUGCUAGUUUCAGACUUUGUGACUCGAGCACGAUUUGGAGGAACAUGUAAUGCUACUUUGGUUUAUGGCAUGCCAAUCCCAAAGUUAACAAGAAUUGUGCGUGCCCAUCAUUGUUAUUAACAUGCUUUUAACAUGAUGCUCGAUGGUCUCUA